AAAACGCUUCUGCAAGGUUGAAGUGAUAGUCAAUUUGGAACGAGCCCUAUUCUACUGUAUCAUUGCUUUCGCUCAAGUUUUAUUUUUUUAACAAGCUAAUUUGCAGUUUUUGAAUUCUCAUUGAAGAUGGCAGCUGUUGGACGAAUGAAUGUGAGUAAAAGUUUUGGUCUUUGUGAAUGUCGUUGCUUCUUAGUAUUGAAUUCGUAGUGAAUCACUUCUGUAGAACAGCUCACUUCUUAGAGUACCGUUCAUUAAAUCUCUUCUUUCAUACAGGUAAUCCGCCAUGACCAAGAGAACGAGAAUUUACUCGCUGGGAAAGCCAAAAUUUCCAAGAACACGAGACCUCGUGCAGCUCUGGGUGACUUGGGAAACAAACCAACAGCGCUCACGAGCAAGGUAAAUGUUCUUUUAAAUUUGGUUCAUCUAAUUCUCUGAUGGUUUAAAAAGGUAAUUGGGCAUUUGUCCUUCUUUCAGACCGCUGCGAACCUUGCCGUUGGCGCUAAACCCAAAAGAACUUUACACAGAACCGAAGGAACAAGUGGUUUACUCUCGAAGCAAGCAAAAGACAAUGAAACUAAACAACAGAAAAAGACGAUUGAUAUGGGUGUUGUCAGUGAAGCGCUAGAGUCUUGUAGGUUCGCAACGAAACCUUCAGAUGUGAUAGAUAUCGAUAAGGAUGACCACUCGAAUCCACAACUCUGCGCUGAAUACGCUCAAGAAAUCUACCAGUACAUGCAUCAAUUGGAGGUAAGGAAGACGCCAUUUUUUAAUUUCCCCUUGCUUUUGUUCUUUGUCAAAUUAAAGAACGUCCUUUCACUGAAUAUUCAAGUAGCUAGCAGUGAAAGAUUUCUUGAAGUUGUGUGGUUUUUUUCAAGGUAAACGGGUAAUUCUUGUCUGACUUUGUCCUCUGAAUUUUCAGCGUAAAUUCCACGUCAACCCAAGAUAUAUGCGCCAGAGGUCAAUAGUAACCGAUAAAAUGCGAGCCAUCCUCGUUGACUGGCUUAUCCAGGUUCACAAUCGCUUCCGCCUGUUGCAAGAAACUCUUUACAUCACUGUCUCAAUCUUGGACAGAUUUUUGUCGGUGAGUUUGAAUCAUCUUUUACUUGUCAACCAAAAUCCUUUCAGCAAAUUUUUAUUACUUUUAUUUCUUUUAUUGCCUAUAAUCCCUCCUUUGUAUCAGAAAUCAGCUCUAAGUUUUCUUGUAAUAUUUGUUGAUUUAACAGUCAACAAAGAAAACCAACAGUGGCUAGAAAUGAGAGAUACAAUUUCCAGCAAAUAAAAGAUGCAACUGGCUUUUCUUGUCACUAUGGACCUGAUAGAAAAGCGCAACUUUGCACAGUUAUAAGCACUGAACAGUGUAUCUGUACAUAUUUCUUGAAGUAUUGGUCUGACCUCUUAUCUAUUUUUUUCUUGUAGAUCUAUGAUCCCACAAAGGAAGAACUUCAAUUAAUUGGUGUUAGUGCUAUGCUUCUGGCCUGCAAGUAUGAGGAGAUGUACUGUCCAGAGAUUAGCGACUUUGUUUAUAUCACAGAUAACACAUACAAAAAGGGUCAGAUAAGGAAAAUGGAGGGUGUUAUUUUCAAGCAACUUGAGUUCAGUGUUGGGAAGCCUCUAUGUCUUCAUUUCUUGCGAAGAAACUCCAAAGCUGGGGAGGUGAGUAAUUUUUAAGUUUAUGAUGGCAAUUGGGUAAAUGUUACAUUAAGGAUCCUCUUCAUUAGGAUAUCAUUCAUAGAUGGUAUGAUGAACCUUCCUCUGUAACCCUCAGACUUGUCCUAGAUGAAAAAUAGAUUUCGUUGGUCAGACCAAAAUUCUUUUUUUGUGGUAUGACUUACCCCUCUGACCCCUUAAAGCAUAUCAAAUCACAUGUCUCCUCACAACAUCACCCCCAAAUUGCAUAGUAAGGUCACAAAAAUGUAGGAAAUGAUCACCAACUUAAAAUUAGUAGCUAUUGAUCAUUAAACUAAUUCUCCUUGUCUGCACCUUGGGAAAUAUACAGGGAACACUGGAGUAUAUUCAUACUGAUGGUAGGGUGAAAUUUUAUUUUAAAAAAUGCUGUGGUGAUCAAAGCAUUUUGAACUUGGGUCCUAAUGAAAGUCAGCAUUACAACAGUGAAAAGAUACUAAGGUGUUCCUGUUCACUCUGCAGUGGAUGUUGAAAACAGAAUAAAUUAUUUGUACAUGAAAUAUGGUCUCCCGUUGUGUAACUAGAUUGUAGAGUUGCAGAAAUGCUUUCGCUCAUUUUUUGUCUUCAGUGUGUGUUGAUCAACUUAGCUUUUCCUGUUUAGGUUGAUGGAGUAAAACACACCAUGGCAAAAUAUUUUAUGGAGCUUUCCCUUGUGGACUACGGCUGCAUGAAAUUUCUUCCAUCUGAGAUUGCAGCAGCUGCAUUAUACAUUGCAAUGAAAGCCGAUGAUGGAUCAGAGUGGACACCCACUUGUGAAUAUUACAGUAUGUACUCAGAAAGUAAACUGCUGCCUUGUGCCAGAAGACUUGCCUCUCUCAUCACCAAGACUCUUGAUGGAAGUGCCAGGCUAAAGGUAAGACAUGGAUGCAUGAAUGGGAAAGUACCCCAAGAGAAACCAGCUUUUUUUGGUUUUUUUUUUUUUUAUAUGGGUCAGUGUGCCCCAGCAGCCAAUAUUUUACAUUGGCUUCAUUUUUACCAAAACACCCACUUUUUCAAUAAGAAUAAAAAUAGCUAUUUACCAGUGUUAUUUUGAUUUAAACUUUGCCUGUUUCUGGUUUCUUCUAACCCUAAGCUGGUACCUGAAAAGUAUCUGGAGAACACUGAUGGAUGGCAAAGGGGUACAAUCUCUGAUUUAGCAAUUACUUGCAACUGCUCAAUACAUUUUUUAUUUGAGAAAGUCAACUCUAAGAUUUGUUUGUUUACCACUCAAAGUUAACAUAAAAUUCAGUGUUAUAUCUUUUUCUAUUCUUUCAGGCGGUUUACAACAAAUACUCAACCUCCAAGUUCAUGGAAAUCAGUAAACGGCCAUGUCUAACAUCCUCUUUUGUUACGAACCUUGCAGCUGAAGACUUGCAGCAAUAGAUUAUUAUUAGUGUUUAUAAAUUAAUAUAACUAUAUUACUCGUAUUAUAACUACAAUGAAUUAUUUGGCUAUAUGAAGACAAGCAUCAAAGUUUGAUUAUAGUUUACUUCCAGAGUUGUAGUGAAAAUACCUCUGAUCAAUUUUAGUGUAAAUCUACAGCUUUUUGUGAAGUUUGCUCUCAUGUCCAGAUAUUUUGCAAUUUUCAUUUGAUCUGUUUAAGACAGGUUAAAUUCAAGGCAAUGGUGGAUAACAAUCUUUCUAGCCAACUGUAAAUAUCUAUUUCUCUAGGCCCUCUAGAAUAGAGAUGUUAAAUGGACACAAGACUUGGAAGAAAGUGAAUCUGAUUGAAUGUCAAAACUUGACCAUCAAAAGUUUCAGAAAAUGCACUUCUGGAAACAUUGAAAUGAUGUACAUGUUCUUCAUUAUUUUUAUGAUUUGUUACAUUUAUCAUUGUUAUUGUAGAGUUUCAGAUUUUCAUUUCAAAACAGGUUAUAAAUUUUGUAAAUAUUGUAAAAGUUAGC